CAUCCCGGGGCCAUUAGUGCUGGCGGGGUGUGAAAGAGCUGACCAGGACUAAUCAGCGCUUGCAGAGAACUUCAUUUGAGGCUUCUUAACGACCUGAGCUCGGCUUGUUGUUUUGAAGCGUUCAGUCAUUCUGGCGGUUACUCACUCGGGACACGAGUUUACAGCACUAUUACACCAGCAACAUCAGCCCGGCCGCUGACAGCCGCCCAUUCUCCAAAUAAGAUAUGAGUCAGAUUUGAAGCCAGAUGUGGACUAAGUGAAACCCUGUCAUCAAGCCCCCACAAUACAUCCAUGUGUAUUAUUUUCUUCAAGUUCGACCCCCGGCCUGCAUCCAAAAAUGCCUACAGGCUAAUUUUGGCUGCAAACAGAGAUGAGUUCUACAACAGGCCGUCCAAAGCUGCAGACUUCUGGGGGACCAACAGUGAGAUUCUCAGCGGCUUGGACCUAGAAUAUGGUAAGGAAGGAGGAUCAUGGCUGGGGAUCAGCAAGAGAGGCAAGCUGGCUGCAAUCACAAACUACAUGGAAGGACGUCCCAACCCGGACGCACAAGGACGAGGUUUCCUGGUGUCUAACUACCUUACAGACAAGGAUCAGGACAGCUACUCCUACCUGAAGAAGGUGUCAACAGAAGGCCACCUGUACAAUGGCUUCAACCUCAUCACAGCAGAAUUCAAAGCCAAACAAGAUAUUGUGUGUUACUAUGGAAACAGAGGCAGCCCAGAACCCAUCCAUCUAAAACCAGCAGGAAUCUACGGUUUGAGUAAUUCGCUGCUGGACACGCCAUGGAGGAAACUGCUGCAAGGCAAGCGUCAGUUCACCAGCAUCGUGAACGACCAGUCACUGUCCUGCGAUGGACUGGUGCAAGAGCUGCUCAACGUCCUUAAUAAUGAGGAACUGAACGCACCUGAUCCAGUUCAGGAGACGCAGGGUGAGGGUUACAGCAAGCCCAUGAUCCAGGCUCUGUCAGCAGUGUGUGUUCGCUCCCCUCAUUAUGGCACAAGGACCAACACAGUUAUCCUGAUAGACGCAGAAGGGAACGUGACCUUCACAGAGCGCACCAUGCUCAACUGUGACACAAGCAAAUGGAGCACCAAUUCUUUCCAGUUCCAACUGCAAGUGUGAAUACAUGAUGGAGGAAACCCACUCUGUGCCUUUCAGCAUCCCCUUUCCUUCCACCAACCCCCCACCCCAAGUCCCCGUUCCUCCAGCUGCACUUCCACAUAGCAGCUCUGUGAACAUGAAGACUCUUCAGCUAGUCAGCACUUGCUGCCUCAUUAACACCAGUGAUACGUAUUUCUUAUUCUUGAUUUAAGUUAAAAUGCAUCUUUUGAACAUGUGUGCUAAUUUAAAAGAUUGCCAAAGAACAUAUAUGAUUUUGUAGAGGAAAAUAUUUUACCUGUAUGUCACAAAACAGCAGGGUUGGGUCGCUUUAUAAUAAAUCAAAUCCAUUAGACCGUUAGAGAUUGCCGGCUUCCUGCUUAGAACUGCAAUAACACACAAGAUUAUUUUAGUGCAAUGAAAUUGAUCCAUAUCAGUGUCAGAUUUUUUUACUUUGUAAAAUCCAUGAUCUUUAGUGAAUAUAGACUUAAUGUACAAUUUCCAGACCGCUAUUUGAAUCGCUUCCUUUAGCUGCAAUAGUUUACAGCUAUAACAAUCUAGCUAAUUCUUUUGUUUGACACAUUAAGUAAUUCAUAGGGUCACCACUAUUUUUCUAGAGAAAAUGUCAUCUGUAUAACUAAUAGAUUAAAAUUGCCUGCUAUUUAAAUUUCUUAUUACUGUUACCCCAUUACAGGUAACUGGUAAUGCCCCAACCCUGGUGCUGGUUAUGACAAGAAUUUGAAUGUUGAAUGUAAGCUGUGUCAGGCACUGUGCCUCUGACCGCUUCCAUGAUAGGAUGAAUGCAUUUUACAGCUGCUUGACAAUAAAAACAAUAUCUUAUCUAAACACUCA